GCAAACACACCCACUAAGCCGCCGACCGUUGGCGACAAUGGAUACCAAGGCUUCAACCCUCGCAAGGAGACCCUGCCCAAGGGUUGGAAGUUCAGAGAGGAUGCUCGUCCGCUGUCCGAAGACAUGAUUGCCGAGCAUGAUGUUGCUGUCAAGGUCCGCGAUGGAUGCACAUUAUAUUGCGACAUCUUCAGACCCGUUGGCAGCGAUUCGUCUGGAAAGGUGCCGGCGAUUGUUGCUUGGAGUCCUUUUGGCAAGAAGCACAAUGGAAUCGAGAUGAUGUCGAAGGGAGCCCUCAGUGGUCUUGAACGUUUCGAGNGACCCGAUCCUGCUGAGUACUGCCCUCGCGGGUUUGCUAUUGUCAACGUCGAUGCAAGAGGUGCUGGAGAUUCUGACGGUUCGAUUGUCAUCAUGGGCAAGCAAGAGNGAGAAGAUGGCCACGAUGNNUGUAACGGCUCAGUCGGUCUCGCAGGAAAUUCGCAUCUCGGUAUCGUUCAAUGGUUCAUCGCUGCCCAACAGCCGCCGUCGCUCAAAGCUAUUGCACCCUGGGAAGCAUGUGGAGAUCUCUACAGAGAACAAUUCGUCCGUGGCGGUGCUUGGGACAACGGUCUCUUCGACUUCAUCAUCGAGCACGUUAUUCGUGGCAAGAGAGGUGUCGAGGAUUUCAAGGAGAUGUACCGUCGCUCAAACACCAUGAACCCUUACUGGGAGGACAAGCGCGCAGAGAUUGAGAAGAUCAAGAUUCCGACCUACGUCGUUGCUUCCUACUCGAGUUUCGUUCACACCAUGGGUUCUAUCCGCGGCUGGAUGCAGGUCAACACCGAGAACAAGUGGCUUCGAUGGGAUCCCUACCAAGAGUGGUUCGAUCUGUGGUCUGUUAGAGAAUCGGUUGACGAGCUUGCCGAGUUCUUCGACCACUUCCUCAAGGACAAGAAGAACAGCUGGCAAGAGACCCCCAAGGUCAGAAUGGCCUCGCUGCCUUUCGGCGAUAAGGAAGCCGUCUACCCCAUCGAGGUUCAAGAUUUCCCUAUUCCUAACACAGACUACAAGAAGCUGUAUCUCGGCGAGAAGAACAAUCUCCUUGAAUCCGCGCCUACCGAGAAGAGCGUCGUCUCGUACAAUUCGGAGUCUGGCAGCAAUCCCGUUGCCCACGCAGCAUUCAACCUUCGCUUCGACGAGAAGACCAGACUGAUGGGCUUGCCUAAGGCAGUCCUCUACAUGUCCUGCGACGACCUGGAUGACAUGGUCGUCUACGUCCUGAUCCGCAAACUCGACAAGAACGGCAAGGCCAUGAUCGCAAUCAACAUUCCUUGGGAAAACUGCCCUUACCCCGACACAGCAUCUAUCCCCGAAUCAGACUACAGUAACCUGAUGAUCUACUUCGGCCCCACCGGUAUCCUGCGCGCCUCUCACCGCAAAACUGAUCCUGCGAGAGCCAUUCACCCUCAAUACCCCUUCCACACUCACGACGAGGUGCAGAAGAUCACACCCGGCACUGUUGUGGAGUUGGAGAUUGGUCUUUGGGCCAUGGGUAUGGACUUUGAAGAGGGAGAGAGUUUGAGCGUGCAGGUUUCCGGCGAGUAUCCGCUGGUUGAUGAGUUCAAGGGCAGAGGACCCAAGAAGCCUCAAGUGGAGGAGAGAAACAAGGGCUUGCACCACGUUCAUCUCGGUGGCGAGUAUGCUAGUCAUAUUAUCUUGCCUUAUGUU